CUCAGGAGGAGAAAAAGAAGGAGCCGGCAAGUGACUAGCUGGAAAAGCAGCUGAAGCUCGUUCCCCCAGAGUCUGCUGCUCCAAAGUCUUCACGAUGCAUCUCGUGCUCAGGAGCUGCGGUCGGACGGCGGCUAGGCUGGCCUGCCGGGCGGCCCCCAGACGUGGACCUCAAGCACUGGCAUGCCAGAGGGCCUGGCUGGGUUCCACCCUUUCGCCAGCCUCCAGCACCACACCCGGUUAUUAUUUUCAGGCUUCCGUCCAUCAGUCCAAGCAGGCAAAAGAUUAUUCCCUCCCCAACUCUAGCUGGAGCCCGGACAUGAUGACGCAGUUCAACAAGUACAUGGAGAUGUCCAAAGACAAGACUUGGAAAAAAUUGCCCUCGUACCGAGACAUUCUGGAUCAUAUGCCAGAAAGGAUGAGGCAAGAACAUGAGGAGGAGAGGAGCGAAGAAAGCAGGAUGUUCCUCCGAAACUUGGAUGAGGAAGGCAAGGGGUUUGAGUACGUUAUGUUUCUGAACUGGUCGGAGAAGAGGAUGGCCUGUGUGGCCCAGCUGGGUCCCUACCUGGAAGGACCCCCGGGGUUUGUGCAUGGGGGUUCCAUCGCGACCAUUCUGGACAGCGUCCUCGGGGGCUGCGCCAUGAGCCUCCUGGGCCACGUGAUGACUGCCAACCUGAACAUAAACUACAAGACCCCCGUCCCACUAGGCUCAGUAGUCCUGGCAGAGAGCAAACUAGACAAGCUGGAGGGGAGAAAAGUGUUCGUCUCCGGCCAUGUGAGGAGCGUCGAUGGAGAAACCCUUCAUGCAGAAGCCACAGGACUGUUUAUCCAGCUGGCUUCACAGAAGACCCACCCGCCACCAGAGUGCUCCAAGUAGCCCACCCAGCUACACCGGAGGGACCAGGAACGGCUUGUCUUGAACAGAGCGGGUCCACCUUCUCCGUCAGCAUCUCUCUCUCCCCGCCCAAGUCCCUCCUAAUCCGACCCUGCGUGCCGCAGCAAAGAAGACGCCUUGGGUCCCAACCGUCUGUGCCUCUUUUGCCAGCCCGCCUGGCAAAACUGGACGGGAGCUGUUUCCCGUUACACAAAGUGAGCAUUCCUGGAGCUUAAGCAUUUUGGCGUUUGAUGUUCAUCCAGACGGGUGUUUCCCCAAGAUGGCCGCGGGGCGUCUCUCUGAUCAGCUAGCAUCUGCCUCCAUUUGCUAGCCAGCUUUUUUCGCCUGUCUGCUUCUGAGAUAGGAUUUCUCUCCCAAGAAACGAUACCAUUUUUUCAGCCUCGUCUCCGGGAAGACAGUCCCUGGAUGUUAGGGUACCUUAAGCCUACAAAGACUUUAUCCAUUUUGCUUAACAUUGCUGUAAGGAGCUUUCCCCUGUUGCAGGAAGGCAGGGGAGGAAAAGCUGCCAUUCGUGGAAUGAACCCACACCUCCCGACCCACAAAGCACUUUGGACCAAACAGUAUUUUUGUGCGUUGACCUUUUCUCCUGAUCUGGUUUCUUCUGGCAUGGAGAAGUUGACCGCUAAUGCUUAAAGGACAAAUUUUGCAUAGGCCUGCUGAGGAAAUCCCUAAAUAGAGGAGUAUUAUACGUAUUUCCCUGCGCACCUCCGUUAACUCAUUGCAUGGGAGUGUUAAGACUUGAACGCAAGAGGCUGAGUUCAAAAUGGCUUCAGAGAUAUACCUACAG